UCCACCCCGCCACGGCCGAAGUAGGAAGCGGAAGUGGCGUCACUGUCUGUGUCGGUCUUCAUCCGGCGGCUCAGUGCUUCUAGGAGGGAGUGGUUUUGGUCGUCCUGUGUUUCAGCGUGUCCUUUGUGAGGCCCGCGUUCAGGAAGGGCUGUGGGAUACAAGGAGCGCGUUAAAGGACAGGUGUUCUUACUAAGGACUCUUCCUGCCUUCCUGAGGAAAAGAUAGAAGCAAACAGGAUGGUAACUGAGUGUUUGAGAAAUUGUUCUCAGGACUCAGUGACCUUUGCUGAUGUGGCUGUGAACUUCACCCAGGAAGAAUGGACUUUACUGAACUGCUUUCAGAGAAAGCUAUACAGAGAUGUGAUGCUGGAGAACUACAAGAACCUGACCGCAGCAGGAUAUCAGGUGUUCAAACCCACUCUGAUCUCUUGGUUGGAAGAAGAAGAGUUGAGUACUGUAGAGAAAGGAGUCCUCCAAGAGUGGGGAAUCCAACUUAAAGCCAAAGACUCAAGAAUUGGGCAGAAUAUUUUUGGGAAAAAAAUGUCAAAUGGGAUAGAAAAGGCAAGAGGCCUUAAUGUACAGGAACUCUAUGACAGUGAGCAAUGUGGGAAAGACUUCAGUGACCACUCAUGCCUUAGGACACACAGGAGUACUCAGAAUGGAGGGAACCCUUAUGAAGAUAAUCAGGAUGGGAAAAACUUCCUUACUCUGUACAACAAAUCCUUUACUGGAGAAAAAUGUUCCAUGUUUAAUCAGUGUCGAAAAACUGUCAUGCUGUCUCCAAAUAUUGUACCCUGGAAAUCUUACGUACAAGAAAAAGCCUUAGAACGCAGAGAUGUUGGGAGAGCCUUUGUUAAUCAGUCUUACCUUUGGACACAAGUGAGAGCUCACAAUAAAGAAAAGCUCUACAAAUGGAAGGAAUGUGGAAAAACUUCUGGUCACUCAACAAGCCUUCAUGCACAUGGGCCAACUCACACUGUUAACAAAUGCUACAGAUGUGAGGACUCUGGAAAAGUCUCCACUGCAUCCCUAAGCCAUAGGCAACAUAUAAAAACACACACCGGAGAGAAGCCUUUUCAGUGUGACACAUGUGGGAAAGCCUUUAGGUUUUCCUCAUACCUUCUUGUUCACAGUCGAAUUCACACUGGAAUAAAACCCUACAAAUGUAAGGAAUGUGGGAAAACCUUUAGAUUGUCCUCAUACCUUCGUGUUCACAGUCAAAUUCACACUGGAAUAAAACCCUACAAAUGCAGGGAUUGUGGGAAAGCCUUUAGAUUAUCCUCAUACCUUCGUGUUCACAGUCAAAUUCACACAGUAAUAAAACCUUACAAAUGUGAGGAAUGUGGGAAAGACUUCAGACAUUCUCUGCCCUUUAACAUUCACAUGGGAACUCACACUGGAGAUCAACCCUAUAAAUGUAAGGAAUGUGGGAAAACCUUCACUCGAUCCUCAGGCCUUAUUGAACAUAUGAAAACUCAUACUGGAGAGAAGCCUUUUAAGUGUGACACGUGUGGAAAAACCUUCACUCGAUCUUCAGGCCUUACUGAACAUAUGAAAACACACACUGGAGAGAAGCCUUUUAAGUGUGACACAUGUGGAAAAACCUUCACUCGAUCUUCAGGCCUUACUCGACAUAUGAAAAUUCACACUGGUGAGAAGCCUUUUAAAUGUGAUACAUGUGGGAAAGCCUUUGCUUCUUCUUCCCACCUUAUUAGACAUCUGCAGUCUCAUACUGCACAGAAGACUAUUAAAUGUGAUAAAUGUGGGAAGGCCUUUGCUAAUUCCUCAUAUCUUACUAUACAUUUUAGAACUCACACUGGAGAGAAGCCUUUUGAGUGUAAUGUGUGUGGGAAAACAUUUACCACUUCUUCAUAUCUUAUCAUACACAAACGAACUCACACUGGAGAGAAACCAUAUGAAUGUAAGGAAUGUGGAAAAACCUUUUCUCACUUCUCAAGCCUUUCUUACCAUAUAAAACGACAUUGAAGAGAGGCCAUUGAAAUGUGACAGAUGUGGAAAACCCCUUGCUGCUUUCUCAUAUCUUAUGAAACAUUUUCUUAAAAAUUUUGGCUGCACCCACAGCAUGUAGGACCUUAGUUCCCAGUGAUUGAACCCAAGUCCCCUGCAUUGGAAGGCAGAGUUUUAACCACUGGACCACCAGGGAAGUCCCUUACUAAAUAUUUUUUAACUCAGAAUGGAAAGAUGCCUUUAGAGUGUAAUAAGUGUGGGAAAAGAUUUGCAAAUUCUUCACCCUUUGCCAUUCACAAGUGUAUUCACACUGGUAAGAUAACCAUAUAAAUGUUCAGAAUGAGGGGAGGCAUUUGCUGCUUCUAAGCAGUUUUGAAAUGUUAUUUAUUCAUUUUGGCUGUACCAUGCAGCUUGUAGGGUGUUAGUUUCCCAACCAAGGAUUAAACCUGGGCCCUUGGGAGUGAGAGCAUGGAGCUGUAACCACCACAGGACUGCCAGGGAAUUCUCUUAAGUAUUUUAGAGCUUAUACAGGGCAAAAGACUUUCGAGUGUAAUAUAUGUGGGGAAACACACACCAGUUCAUCCGUUACCACACACAAAGCUAUUCACACUGGAGAGAAACCCUAUAAAUGUAAGGCACAGGGGAAAGCUUUUUGUCUUUCUGAUUCACUUCAACAACAUGAAAGGUCAACACUUGGGAGCUGCUCUGCAAAUGUUAAGAAUGUGGGAAAGACCUCAGUCUCACAACUGGUAUGUAAGAUAUCACAGUGGGGAUUUCCCUGGUGGUCCAGUGGUUAAGGAUCUGCCUUGCAAUGCAGUGGACAUGAGUUCAACCCCUGCCUGGGGAACUAAGAUCCCACAUGCCACAGAGCAACUAAGGUCGCACACUACAAGUACUGAGUCUGCACACUGCAACUAGUGAGUCCACGCACAGCAACAAAGGAUCUGGCAUGAGGCAACAAACUUCUUACAUGCCACAAAUACAACUCAAAACAGCCAAAUUAAUAAACUUUAAAAAAAAAAAACACAGUGAAGCCAUAUUAUAAUAUUAA